AAUGGUUUGUGUUUGAGGCAAGUAAUAGCAAGCGCACUGUGUUUGGCUGCAGGUAAAAGAGCCCUGGAGGAAGAAAUUAAGGAGAUCAAAUCAUCCAGUGACGUUUUGCAGAAAGAGCUGAUAACUUUACAAGUUGAAGUUUACAAACUGGAAGGACAGCAGAAAGAAAAAGAAGAGUUGUGCAGGAAGCUGCAGUUCCAGUGUGAGGAGUCUGAGCACGACGCUGUGAGGCAUUUGAAGCAGAACAAGAAUAGCGAGCAACUGCUGGAACAGCACAAGUGUGAAAUUCAGGAGUUAAAGCUGAAACACCGGAAGCAGCGGAUGAAGUUUGAAAACCAACUGCAUCAACUGAUAGAGCAGCAUAAGAAUCUGCACUCUGUCUUUUCUCCAGAAAUGCUCCCAGGUGAAAUAGAGAGUGCAGAGAAUACAAAAAGUCAGCUGUUAUCAGCCGAACAAAUGAAGCUGGCUCAGCUGCACCGUCUCUACGAGGAGCUCGACGAGAUGGAGAAGCAGAGGCCGCCGGCAGCUCCCGAGACUCAGGAGUGAAACGGAGUAGUUUAUAGAAUCAGAGGGUCCCUCGUUUUCUCCCCAGUGAGUUGAUCCAUUCUUGUCAGGUCCAAACCGUAAACCUCACAAACGUGGUUUCUGGGUCCCAUCAGACCAGGAGAAGCAGGAUCCUCCUAAACCCGGUUCUGUGAGACCGAAACACUUAGCUGCUUUUGUUUUGAUGUAUUCUCAAACCUGUUAAAUGGGGUUUAGUUGCAGCAGUCGUGUCCUGUAUGGAUAUGUUGCUAUGUUCAUAUUGUGUAUUUCUAUACUAAAAAGUUAUUAAUAUCUCAAAAAUAUAUAACGUUUUUUCCAUUGUUGUGAUAUUGUUUUCAAAUGUACUUUAUGAAUCUCGUAGAGCCUUUAAAUAAAAAUAGUACAACCAUUCA